AUGGGAGCGCCACUUUCCCUACGCCUAAAAACCGCCCUACGCGGUUCAAUUAAGGACGACAUUACGGGAGAGUGGAGAAGAAGGAAAAAUAGAGAACUACAAGAAAUGUUUAAUGAAAAUAACAUAGCAGAUACGAUCAAGAAAAGAAGGUUGCGAUGGGCGGGACAUGCUAUGCGAAGCCGGAACUCUCUACUAAAGAUGGUGCUGGAACAGAAUCCAGUAGGAAAAAGGCCCUUGGGAAGGCCAAAAUUGAGGUGGGAAGAUGUAGUUAAGAAGGAUGUAGAAGACUUAGGAGGCGGAGCAAAUUGGAAGAAUCUGGCAAUGGAUAGAGUUGGCUGGAGAAUUGGUUGUGAGACGGGAUGGUCCUAG